UGUAAUCGUAUUCAUGACAAGCCAUUGUAUUCAUAUUAAGUCAACUCUUAUAGUUUUUAAAAGUUCAUGUCAUUUAAACAUUAAUCAUCUUCUCCAAAUUUUCAGAAAGUUAUCAAAGUUUUUUGUUUUUAUCAGAGGAGUUGUAAUUGAGAUGGUGUCAUUGGAAGUGGUAAGUUGAAAUGGUUCGAUUUUCAACCCUAGCGAACAGUUUCACUUGGCGGCAAAAUGGAAUUCAUCCGAAACUCAAAAUUUCUCACAUUCCCAAUUACUUCAAUGUUACUGAGCUAUGGGAUGCUUCAAUCUUCCAAAGACUUAAGGAACCAAAACCUAUUGAACAAGUGCAUGCCCAAAUUGUUAUUUCUGGUCUUUCUCAGGAUACCCGUCUUUGUAACAGAUUGAUGAAUUCAUAUGCAUCAUGUCGACUUAUAACACAAACCCACAAAAUAUUUUCUGUAAUAGAGCACAAAAACUUGGUUUCUUGGACCAUAUUGAUAAAUGGGUUUGCAAAGAAUGGCCUUUUUCUUGAAGCUAUUGAGUUAUUUGGUAAGAUGGUUAAUUGUGGGUUAAUGCCUAAUGCAAUCACAGUUUCAAGUAUUUUACCUGCUAUUGGAAAAUUAAGGUUGAACCUGAUAGGGAAAUCACUUCAUUGUUAUUGGGUUAAGCAAGAGUAUCAAUGUAAUGUGUUUGUUCAAAGUGCAUUAGUUCAUAUGUAUUCGAAACUAGGGUAUCCCAUUGCUGCCCGAUACGUGUUUGAUAGUAUGCCUGAGAGGAAUGUUGUCUCGUGGAACGCAAUUAUUUUUGCUUAUUCCAAUAAUGGUAUGGUUGAGGAAGCAAUUUGGCUCUUCAAUUUAAUGAGAAGGAGCUUGUUAAUGGAUACGUUUACGAUAAUGAGUUUAGUUUCUGCUACUUUUGGCGUUGGGGAUUUACAAAUAGUUACUCAAAUACAUGGGUUAGUAGUUAAAUCUGGUCAUGAUAACAACCAACGUGUUGAAACUGGUCUAAUAGAGAAGUAUAUUGGUGUAAACUUUGUUGAUGAUGCUUACUGUAUAUUCUGUGAGAUGCCUGUAAAAGAUGUAGUUGCUUGGACAUUGAUGUUAACGGGGUUUGUGAAUAGUGGAAACUGGAGUAUGGUGGUGGAACAUUUCAAUCAGAUGAUGGGAACUGAUGAGGUGGAGCUUGAUUCGGUGGCACUGAUAGGUAUCCUAUCAGGAUGCAGCAGUUCAGGAGCUUUGCAACAAGGCAGGAUGGUACAUGCAUUGGUGAUAAAAAAUGGUUUUGAAGGUGAUACUUUUUUGGGAUCAUCUAUUAUAGACAUGUAUGCAAAUUGUGCUGAGUUAGGUGAUGCCAGAAGAUUUUUUGAAGGGAUGGCUACGAAAGAUGCUGCAUGCUGGAAUGCACUGAUUGCUGGUAAUGGGAUGCUUGGGUACGGUAAUGAUGCAAUAGACCUUUUCCUGAAAAUGAAGGAUCUAGGUUUAGAUCCAAAUGAUUCAACCUUGGUUUCUGUCUUGAGUGCUUGUAGUCAUUCUGGGUUGGUUGAUCAAGGAUUGUAUAUUUUUGAUAAUAUGGUAGCAAGAUGGAACCUUUAUCCUAAUCAAAAGCACUAUGCAUGUGUUGUUGACCUUCUUGGACGUGCAGGGAGAUUAAAUGAUGCUUACUCAGUAAUUACGAGCAUGCAUUUGCAACCAGGUGUGGAUGUUUAUGGUGCUUUGCUUGGUGCUUGUAAAGCUCAUGGGAAUAUUGAGCUAGGUGUUGAGGUAUCACAGAGGCUUUUUGAGCUGAAGCCACAUGAUGCAGGAUAUUAUAUACUUCUCUCCAAUAUUUAUGCUUUAUCUGGAAAUUUGGAGGGUGUAAAGUCUACCAGAUUAUUGUUCAAAUCAAAAACUUUGGAGAAGGAUCCAGGCAUGAGCUCAAUUGAGAUAAAUGGAGCUGUUUACACAUUUAUGGCGAAUGAAAAGGAUCAUCCCCUAUAUCUUGAAAUUUCUAGGUUUCUGAAGGACUUAAUCUUUAGAAUACAAGAAGAAGGAUAUGUGCCUGAUUUCAAGUCUGUUUAUCAGGAUGUGGCAGAGGAUCUGAAAAAGGAUAUUCUUUAUCACCAUAGUGAGAAGUUGGCCAUUGCAUUUGGAUUGAUGAGAACAAAACCAGGAACAAUCAUACGGGUGACAAAAAAUCUCCGAGCAUGCAAUGAUUGCCACUCUUCGUGUAAAUACAUCUCCAAAGUUUUUGGAAGAACGCUUGUCAUCAAGGACAAAAACCGGUUUCAUGUUUUCCAUGGUGGGAACUGCUCAUGUGGGGACUAUUGGUGACAAUGUACUCUGAUUAAUCAACAUUGACUUAUCCCACGAAACCACCUCAUCUACAAAAUCUCUGAGACUAAUUUAUACUACUUAGUUUUGAUGUUUACAUCCAAGCCAAAUGGUGUAGCAUUUCAAAUGGACCAUGAACACCCAUCAGCACCAACUUAUUGUCAAAUGAUUCUGACCAGGUUAAAGCCGAAGAAUAGCAGACCUAGCAAAUCCCUGAUGCAAAGGCCAGACACCAGUGUCAAUCCAAAAGUGGCUGCCAUGCGUCUCAACAUAAACUGGGAUUUCGCAGAAGAGUUUGAGGAGGCCGAUGAGAUCGAUGACCCUGAAGUUCCUGCAGCUGUGGUUAGUGGAUGAGAGAACGCUAAGAAUCUGUGCGUUUAUAUUUGGCAGUCUGUAUCUAGUAUCAGAUAAGUAUCAUUUAGUCUGUGCAAUCUAGUGUAGCCUUAACAGCACCAAUAUUAACUUUAUUUUUGGGAACAUCGAUAGAAGAGUUAAUAAAUCCACUUUUUCUUUGGUACAUAUUAGUUGAUUAAGUGAUAAUCAAAUUAGAAUCGAGCUAGUAGAGAAAAAUUUUCAACUCCGAAAUUACUUGUGAAUUCUUGCUCCCAGAAUUUUAUUUUUUUCUUGUUAAUAAGUUCAAAACCUUCUGGAGCUGAUUCUGACGAGGGGCUUUUUCACGCAGGGAUAUGGCUCUGUACUUGGUCUAUCUGCAUUUUCCAUCCUAAUUGGCAUAUCUGUUGUGUUGAUUGUGUUAGUGAAGGUUAUUCCAUUUUAUAUCUGAUUUCUUCCCGUCUACUAAAUCUUGAUGGACACAUUUACAUGGUACCAGUGCAAGUGAAAGGUAGCAGGUACUCAGUGAACUAGUUGAGGUUCGCGAUAGCACCAGACACCAUCACUAUAUAUUUUUAAAAAAUAAAUGAUGCUACUGGAAUGAAGCAACUGUAUUUCAUUUUGCAUGUUCUCAAGGAAUGGGUUCUUGAAUGGGUUAAAUCUCUUUCAUGUGCAGUGUUGUAGCAUUGGUGUCUUUUGUUUUGAGUUUUAUAUGCCUACAUUCUUCUAUUGUCCAUGCUUUGGUUGGUUAUAUACUUCUAAGCAACCGUGUGGCUGCACGUUCACUACAUUA